UUUUAUUAUUGAAACAAUGCCUGUGCGUGAGUGUACUGUGUUACUGCAUGUGUAGUAAGGACGGACUUUAUCCUGCUGCCAGUGGCAGUGUGACUGAUGUGUGCCUAUUUAUCAAAGUUAGGAGACAUGAGACCAGUGCCGGGGCCGUUUGAAGUGCAGUGGGCCGUUCCCGUGGCAUAAACAUAUAUCGUGACGUAAAUAUAAUUAUGAUGUAGCGUUUAUAAACUCAUGACACUGUAUUCAUUAUUAGACAGCAGCUAUAUAGUAGAUCUCGUAUACUUGUUAUUAGAGACAUCUGCUUAGUAACUCUCUACGGCAGUGGAUCAUACUACUGAAAAUGGAUACCAUCAGGAAGGGGAAGGUGCAAACAGUAUGCGGAAGUGUCGAGCCAGAUAGCAUGGGAACCACUCUCACUCAUGAACACUUACUUAUUGACUGUGGCGUACUGUAUGUGCCUGCAACAUCAAAGACAGGACCACCAAUCCAUGACUACUCUGAUGCUCCAUUUGACUUACGCCAUGUUGGUUGGAUUCAGAGAUAUCCGUAUAGUCACAAGGGCAACUUACAUCUUACAGAAUUCGAUGUCUGUGUUGAAGAGUUAGAGUACUUUAAGUCAGCAGGUGGCAGCACCAUUGUUGAUAACACUACACAUGGUCUUGGCAGAGACGUUGAACGGCUGCAGCAACUAUCAACGCAGACAGGAGUUAACAUCGUUGCUGGAGCAGGGUUCUAUGUAGGUCCAAGUCAUCCAUUAGACAUGAGCACCAGAACAGAGGAACAGCUAAUUGAUACGAUAAUUCAUGAAGUCGUUGAUGGUUGCGAUGGGACCAAGGUCAAAUGUGGACUUAUUGGAGAGAUUGGCUGCUCUUGGCCUCUAACUGGAAAUGAGAAGAAGGUUCUUCGAGCGGCCGCGCAGGCACAAGAACGUCUCGGAUGUGCUGUGAACAUACAUCCGGGGAGAGAUGAGAAAGCUCCAGCAGAAAUUGUGCGCAUACUGCAGGAGGCCGGCUGUGACAUAUCGAAGACGACAAUGUCACACUUGGACAGAACACUGAUGGACUUUGAGACGUGUCUGGAGUUUGCAGCACUCGGCAGCUACUGCGAAUGGGAUCUGUUUGGCGUAGAAACUUCUUACUACCAGCAAGAUAAGCAGAAGGAUAUGCCGAGUGACGCUGUGCGUAUGCGAUUCCUCGAGCGCAUGAUCGCCGAGGGAUAUGAAGACCGAUUGCUCAUUUCUCACGACAUUCAUACAAAAUACAGGCUGAUGAAGUAUGGUGGCCAUGGAUACUCGCACAUCCUAGUAGAUAUCGUUCCUAGGAUGUUACUGAGAGGUGUGACACAAGCGACUAUUGACAAGAUAUUAGUUGAUAAUCCACGCCGAUGGCUAACCUUUAUUAGAUAAGGAAGAUUCGCUGGUUUCUUACUACAGAUUUUGCACUAAGAAGCAUUUGUGCCCAGUUUUCACUUUCCUCAGUUAUAAAUACUAUCAGGAGUAAACGUGAUUAUUUUACUCUUGAUAUCAUGAAGGAUUUUGUAGUGAAACUGGUUGUGAUACAUUACAUUACGGCGAGCUGUUGUCAUUGUUCAAUAAUGCGAUGAUUUCGUUGAAUGCAUCAAAUCCAACCAAGAUUAUAGUGACUACAAUUUAAGGCAUUAAAUAAUUAUGUAAUUGUAUUUUGUAGAAGGCAUAUGUGAUAUUAAUGUAAAAUAGAUUAUGGUUCUUGCACAGUAGAAUGAUAAUUGAUAAUGUGUAAGUAAUUAUACCAUCCAUUAUACGUUAUACUAGUUAUUAUAGUGGUUAAUGUAUAUUAUCAGGAGGGAAUAAUAAUAGAUUAUCUUAUAUCUUAAUAUUAGAUCUAUUAUUAUUCACUCCUGAUAUUAUUUACACCAAACGUGUAUAUUAAUAACCAAAGCCCUAUAUUACCUCAACUCAUUUAUUACACUAAUUGCUAUUCAAAGAUAUCAUAUUGUUAUACAAAUGUAACAGCAAUCAAAAGGAUUUUUUCCUAUAAAAUCUGUAACUAUGAAUACAUUAUUCUAUCUAUAAAUGUAUGUGCACGUGCAUGAGUGCAUUACAUUUGGCAAACUAGAAACAUCGAUGCCACUAUAUAGAAAACUAUGUAUAAUGCCAUUAUGUAGAGUGUUCAAGAUAAUGAUGUUAUGUAGUAUUAUAAGAAAUAUAUUUGAGCAAAAUAUUUGAAUACAA